ACGCUAGCGCUUCAGUCAACUGUCUGUUUAUACAUAAGCAAACAUCAUCCUGGGGAUGGACAAAGUUCCUUAGAUCCCCAUUUGAUCACCAUCUUGGAUCACCAUCCGAUAAUAUUUUAUUACUGGGUUGAACAUUUAUAAAGCGCUCAAUGAAGGUUCUUCAGCUCUAGCCAACGGGAUUUUGUAAACUUUUCCUGCUGUAACGUUACACAUAGUCAAACUGUGGAUUCACAGAUAGCCAGUCAAGCUAGCUGGCUAAGUCUUCCAGAGGAUUUACUGAUAUCAAAUUUGGCAGCAUCCAGAUCCUGUAAAUGGGGAACAGUGCGCUCAAAGCUCAUUUGGAAACAUCUGAGAAGACUGGAGUCUUUCAGCUGACUGGAAAGGGUUUGACAGAGUUCCCAGAGGAGCUGCAGAAACUCACCGGAAACCUGCGGACUGUCGAUCUGUCCAACAACAAAAUCGAGGUGCUUCCAGCAUUCAUAGGAGUCUUCCAGCAGCUCAAGAGUCUCACCAUAAGCAGCAAUAAACUGACCAGUCUACCAAACGACAUCGGGAAACUCAAGAAGCUGGAGACUCUUAUUUUAAAUGGGAACCAGUUGAAUCAGCUUCCUUCAUCGGUGGGUCAGCUCAAGUCCUUGCGCACCCUAAGCCUUUCUGGGAAUUACUUCAAGGAGUUUCCUAGUGGACUCGGCACCCUUCGCCAGCUCGAUGUGCUGGACCUGUCCAAGAAUAAGAUCCAGGUGGUUCCUGCAGAAGUGGCCGAACUGCAAGCCAUUGAAAUCAACCUCAAUCAGAACCAGAUUUCGACCCUGUCUCCAGAGGUGUCUCGUGCUCCCAGACUGAAGGUCUUACGGCUGGAGGAGAACUGUCUGGAGCUCUCCUCUAUCCCACCCUCCAUCCUCUCAGACUCUCAGGUGUCCCUGCUGUCCGUGGAGGGCAACUUAUUCGAAGUUAAAACGUUGCGUGACCUAGAAGGAUAUGAUAAAUACAUGGAACGUUUCACUGCAACCAAAAAGAAAUUUGCGUGAACAGUCAGAGGCUUGCUGCAGCUGUCCUCGGCUCUGGGCUUACCGUUGAAAUGUUUCAGCUGAGACUGCUUGUGAAAACAGCGAGAUGGGAAUGGAAAAAUGGUCAAGACUGCUUCACAACUCGGUAGAAUGAUGGCUCAGAAACAUCAGACCUGCUGCUCAUCACAUUACAAUACAGUCAGCAGUGUAUGGACCUUGCAUCAUUCUUUCUUUUGCAAAGAUUUUAUUAACCGAAAUAUAAUGCAGACUCGGGUUCAUGAGGACAUUUAUACUGGAGAAUGGUUUGUUCUGUAUAUCCAGGUGCAUUAAUGCCACGUCUGUUUCUUGAACAUCCUUCUUUCAGAGAACUAACUAAAAUAUUAUACGUCAUGUAACCUUGUUUCUAUUGCUGAGCAUUUAUUGAUUCAUUUAUUUUGAUUGAGCUGUGGUCUCAAAACUUCCAUCAAGUGAUAUUUAUGAAGCAGCCAUUUUUUUUUCUGACAACAAAGGCUGCAUAUGAGUUUCAGUGUUGAUUACUGUCCAUGAAAUGCCAGUCGAUAUUUAUAUUUAUAACACAACAUUCAGUUUUAAUUCAGUGCACUUUGCUUUUAUACAUUCUGCAUGUUUUCUUACCAUAAAAGUGUGUAACUCAAAAAGCAUUUUAGUGAAGGAUUAUGUAUUUUCAUGCAGUUUUUGAGAUCUAAAUCUAUUGUUCUUUAUGGUCAUGUCUAUGUUUGCAUCUAUAUUUUGCACACUUGAAUGGCAUCUCAUUUGUUUAAAGCGAUAGUUUAUUAAAAAAUUAAAAUCCUGUUAACAUUUACUCAGCCUAAAGUUGUUCCAAACCUGUAUGACUUUCUUUCUUUUGCUGAACACAAAUGAAGAUAUUUUGAAGAAUGUGGGUAACUAAACAGGUUCUGGUCCCUAUUGACUUCCAUAGAAUUUGUAAUGUUGACAGUUUUCAUUUUUGGGUGAACUAUCUCUUUAGCCUAGUGUGUCUUUCAGUGAAUGAAUGCAUGCACACUAAUGGGAAUUUUAUAAUCAGAAAUGCAACAUAUUCCCCAAAAGCAGCCAUGAGUGACUUUAACUCUAAUGCAGCAUUUGUAAAAUACAUGUUCCUUCUUUUCAAUAUACUAUGUCAGUACAUUGUUUUUAUGCUGCAACAUUCAGCCACAGAAUAAAGCUUGCACUGUAUUAAAAUUACAACAUCUUCAAGCUAAUUGUACCUGAAUGUUCCUUUCAGGAUGAAUAAAGUGCAUCCAUCGGUCUUUCUCCUGUA